AUGAAAGAGAGACAGUACAGAAGAAGACCUUCACCAAAUGGGUAACCUCCCAUUUGGUGAGGGUCAAUAGUCGAAUUGGAGAUUUAUACGUGGACCUGCGUGACGGCAAACUGCUUAUCAAGCUUCUAGAAAUACUCUCGGGCGAGAGACUGCCGAAACCGACGAAGGGUAAGAUGAGGAUUCACUGCCUGGAGAACGUGGAGAAGGCGCUGCAGUUCCUGCGGGAGCAGCACGUUCACCUGGAGAACCUCGGAGCGCACGACAUUGUUGACGGGAGCCCUCGUCUCACCCUUGGCUUAAUAUGGACCAUUAUCCUGCGAUUCCAGAUACAAGAUAUAAUGAUUGAAGAGAUUGACAAUAAGGAGACAAAAUCUGCCAAAGAUGCUCUCUUGUUGUGGUGCCAGAUGAAGACAGCUGGCUAUAACAAUGUUAACAUUCGUAACUUCACAACGAGUUGGCGCGAUGGGUUGGCAUUCAACGCCAUCAUUCAUAAGCACAGACCUGACCUGAUCCGAUACGAACAGCUUCAGAAAUCGAAUGCGCUGCACAACCUGAACAAUGCCUUCAACACUGCUGAAGACAAGCUGGGCAUCUCGAGACUUCUUGAUGCUGAAGACGUGGCAGUCGAUUACCCCGAUGAGAAGUCGAUCAUUACGUACGUGGUCGCUUACUACCACUACUUCUCACGCAUGAAGGCAGACAGUGUUCAGGGUCGACGUAUUGGCAAGGUGGUGGACAAUGCGAUUGAGAACGAGCACAUGAUGAACGAGUACGAGUCGCUGACCUCUGACCUGAUCGAGUGGAUCAAGAAGACCAUACAGGAGCUGAACGACCGCACGUUCGAGAACUCGCUGACCGGCGUCCAGUCUCAGCUGCUGCAGUUCAACACCUACAGGACGGUGGAGAAGCCACCCAAGUUUGUCGAAAAGGGAAACUUGGAGAUCCUGCUGUUCACCCUGCAGAGCAAGAUGAGGGCGAACAACCAGAAGCCUUACUUCCCCAAGGAAGGCAAGAUGAUCUCGGACAUCAAUCGUGCAUGGGAGAUGCUGGAGAAGGCUGAGCAUGAGAGAGAACUGGCACUGAGAGAGGAGCUUAUUAGGCAGGAGAAGCUGGAGCAGCUCGCGAACCGCUUCGACCGCAAGGCGGGCAUGCGCGAGACGUGGCUCAGCGAGAACCAGCGUCUCGUCUCGCAGGACAACUUCGGCUACGACCUCGCCGCGGUCGAGGCGGCGACGAAGAAGCACGAGGCGAUUGAGACGGACAUCUACGCGUACGAGGAGCGCGUGCAGGCCGUCGUGUCCGUCGCGCAGGAGCUCGAGCUGGAGAACUACCACGACAUCGACCGCAUCGUCGCACGGAAGGACAACGUGCUGCGUCUGUGGGAGUACCUGCUGGAGCUGCUGCGUGCGCGCCGCAUGCGCCUCGAGCUGUCCAUGUCGCUGCAGAGAAUCUUCCAGGAGAUGAUCUACAUACUCGACUGGAUGGAGGAGCUGAAGCUUGUGCUGACCUAUGACCAGGGCUUGCUGGCCUAUGGAACAUGCUUGCCGCAUAAUGGCCAUGAAAUUGCUGCCUAUAUCUCUCUAGGCUUGGUGCUAUGGGACAUGCUUGGCUGCGUAUGGACGACGGAGACCCUCUACUGUGUACUUGCGAGUCGACUAACCGUGGGUCGCUGUGUUUCUCGCCCGGCAGGCUACACGCCCAUCGACCCGGCGAUCGUCGUCGAGCGCAAGCAAGCGGUCGAGGUCGCGUACGAUGAGCUGCUGCGGCUCGCAGCCGACCGACACGCCAAGCUGCUCGAGUCGCGCCGCCUCUGGCAGUUCUUCUGGGAGAUGGCCGAGGAGGAGGCGUGGAUCAAGGAGAUGGAGCACAUGCUGUCGUCGCCUGACCUCGGUCACGACCUCACCAGCGUCGAGCUGCUGCUUAACCAGCACAAGAGUCGUUUGCUGUCUGAAGAUUACGGAAAACAUUUGAUGAGUGUAGAGGAUCUACUACAGAGACAUAGUAUGUUAGAAGCUGACAUCGCUGUUUUGGGAGAGAGAAUCAAGAGCGUCAAUUCGCAGGCGCAGAGAUACGUCAAUGGAGACGAUGAACUGGGAGAGCCUGUAGAGGGACUGCGCGUCGAUGAGGCGCUGUCUCCGCAGCUCAGCGAGCUCGUUCAGCUCGCGCCUUGUGCUGGUUACAGCAGCAGCUCGACGCCGCUGGUAAGGUCCGUGACGCGAGUCGGGGCGAACGAAGCAGCAUGUGCCUCCAUCCUCCUUGAUCCACGCCUCCUCACUCGGCCAUCUCCGCAGAAGAACUGCCAGAGCGCGGCCGACUGCGAGCGCUUGGCGUGUCUGUCGGCCUGCGAGCCGCAGCAGCUCGUCGACGCGACCAUCGACUGCCUGCCUGCGUUCGACGCGACGCAUCGCCGGGUCGAUGGGCGUGAGAAGCUGCUGGGUACCAUGGUUCCAUCGAGAGACCUGGACUUUGAGGACCUGGAUGUGAUGAAGCACAGGUUCGAGGGCUUCGAGCACGAGACCAACGCUAACAAGAACAAGGUGGACACUGUUAACGAGAUCGCUCGUCAGCUCGUGGAGGCUGAGCAUCCGGAUGCGGACGCUGUGGUCGCGCGUCAGAACCAGCUCAACCAGAGCUGGACCCGCUUGCUGGAGCUGUCAGAGCAAAAGAAACAGGAGCUGGAGCAGUUCCACGGCAUCCAAGAGUUCCACAUCGAAACAACGGAGACCAUCACUUGGAUCGAGGAGAAGUGUAAGAUCCUGGAGGAGACUCGUGAGUACGGCGAUGACCUUGCCGGGGUCAUGAAGCUGCAACGUAGGAUGAGCUUCAUGGAGCGCGACAUCAAGGCCAUCCAGGAUAAACUGGAGGAGCUGGAGCAGGAGGCUGCGCGCAUCGAGGCGACGAACCCGGAGGAGGCGCGUGCGAUCCGCGAGCGCAUCGAGGAGAUCCGCGUCGCGUGGGCCGAUCUGAACACGCUGCUGCAGGACCGCGAGGAGAAGCUCGCAGAGUCCGGCAACCUGCAGCACUUCCUGCGCGACCUCGACGACUUCCAGAACUGGCUGACGAAGACGACGACGGCCGUCGCCUCCGCGGACCAGCCCAGCGACCUGCAGGAGGCUGAGAAGCUGCUGCAGGAGCACCAGGCCUACAAGCAGGAGAUCGACGGCUACGCUGAGGAACACGCAAAGCUGAAGGAGACCGGUGACCAGCUGACCGCUAACCAGACCGACCCGCAGUACGUCUUCCUGAGACAGCGUCUGGAGGCCCUGAACGACGGCUGGGAGCAGCUGCUGCAGAUGUGGGAGCAGCAGCAACGCUUCCUCUCUGAGGCGCUCAACCUGCAGGUGUUCCUGCGCGACGCCAAGCAGGCCGAGGUGCUGCUUAACCACCAGGACAACUUCCUCAUGAAGGAGGAGCCGACCCAAGCGAUGGAGCAGGCUGAAGCAGCCGUGAAGAGACAGGAGGCGUUCAUGACUACGAUGGACGCGAACGAUGACAAGGUGAACUCCGUCAUCACGUUCGGUCAGCGGCUGUGCGACGAAGGCCACUACGAUGCGGACAAGAUCUUCAAGAAGGCCGAGAACAUCCAGGAACGGCGCAAUGCGAACCGCCGGAAGGCUGAGGAGCUGCUGCAGACACUGAAGGAUAAGCUGGAGCUUCAGCGCUUCCUGCGCGAGUGCGAGGAGUUCAGCUUCUGGACGCAGGACAAGACGAACGUCGCCCAGGACGAGACUUAUCGCUCCGCGAAGACCGUGCACAGCAAGUGGACGCGCCACCAGGCCUUCCAGGCCGAGCUCGACGCCAACAGGGAGAGACUGGAUAAGGUCCUUCAGGAGGGCGAGCGUCUGAAGGAGGAGAAGCCCGAGUUUGCGGAGGAGAUCCAGCGUCGCAUGAACGAGCUGCAGCAGGAGUAUGAGAACCUGCAGAAGGCGACGCAGGAGAAGGGACAGAAGCUGUUCGACGCGAAUCGACACGUGCUCUACGAGCAGUCGUGCGACGACAUCGACGAGUGGAUGAACGAGCUCGAGACGCAGAUCGUGCAGGACACGGGCAACCGAACCUGCCAGCGUCACCCUGCCUCAUUGCAGACAGCAGUCGUGCUGGAGAGUGAGAUGAACAUGAAGCAGGCGCAGGUGAUGGAGCUAGAGACACAGGCCGCCCACCUUGCCAAGCUGGAGCCAGACAACAUCGAGAAGCUAGAAGCCAUAGAAGCCAAAAAGACGAUGGUCGAAGCAAGGUUCCAGAAGUUGCAGGCGCCGCUGAUGGAUCGUAAGACAGCACUGGAGAGGAAGAGAAUCGUCUACCAGUUCGGUCGUGAUGGUGAGGAUGAGUUGAUGUGGAUCGAGGAGAAGAUGCCGCUAGCCACCAGCAAGAAGUAUGGCAACAGCCUCUACCAGAGCCAGAUCCUGAAAAAGAAGCAUCAGAACCUGCGCAGGGAGGUGGAAAACCACGAGCCGCGCAUCCUCAGCAUCAUCGCCAUCGGCAACCAGCUCGUUAACGAGGGUCACCCGCAGGCUGACGAGUUCACGCAGAAGAUCGCCACGCUGCAGGAUCGCUGGCAGGAGCUGAGAGAUGCGCUCGACACACGCGACGCCGCACUCACCGAGAACGAGAAGGCACAGAUAAACCUGCGCAGGGAGGUGGAAAACCACGAGCCGCGCAUCCUCAGCAUCAUCGCCAUCGGCAACCAGCUCGUUAACGAGGGUCACCCGCAGGCUGACGAGUUCACGCAGAAGAUUGCCACGCUGCAGGAUCGCUGGCAGGAGCUGAGAGAUGCGCUCGACACACGCGACGCCGCACUCACCGAGAACGAGAAGGCGCAGAUACUUACGUUACAUGUGCGUGUGGGCCGAGCCGAGCACGAGGGGACAGCAAAACAGAUGCAAGUGGAGCUGAGCGUUGCUCUGCCCCUGCCACGCGCCGAGGCGGUGUGGCCGGAGUGUUUGUUUGCGUUUGAAGCUGAAGCUGGUGGCAGCUGA